UAUAAUCAAUACUGACUCGUCCGCAACAGGUCCAAUUCGCCAUAGACAAGGUACCUCGAAGCGUUUUACGCACAAGGGUUAAUGUUCCAUGCAGAUGGGAGUGCAACAAUCGUCUGCAUCUUCCUAUGCUCCGAAUCAAAUCAGCCAUACCACUGCACCGCCGUUCACAUGCCAGAAAUGUGGUCCGAAUUAUUCGCACAACACUGGCGGGCAUCUUGAAUACGGCCGUUGCCACCGACGCGGCCAUAAAACGGAGGAAUGCAAGGGAAAGUAUUCUCCAGUACCGAUGGUAAGAAUGAAUCCACCAGCAACCUCGCCGCAAGAACUGAACCCCAACAGAAUCGGCGCCAUGAUGAACAUGGGACCCACCAUCCGGGCAACAAGAUUAGUCAGACGACUUCUCCAAAAAUAAAGCUACCAUGGUAGCUGAAGACAGCGUUGAUACAAAAAAUAAAAGAAAGCGCCGGAAAAAUAUG